AUGAGCGAGCACACAAGCCGAGACGGCGCCAACUCCAAGGCAUCGGAACCGUCCACAGCCACGCCUACGCAGCAUGAAGGCAGCAAUCAGGCGCAAGAACCAGUUCGAGGUCAUGGCCGUGAUGAGGAUGGUGGUGAUGAUGCCGCCUCCCAGUCAAAAGAGACAGACACUUCUGCUCGAAAGCCGGUGCAGUUGAAGUCACACUUUCGCGGCAUGCCAAAGGAUUGGCCCAUCAACCGCAGUAAGUACCUUCCUACUGGUUCUUUGCAGCUUGAGAGUCAUUGA